CCGGCACCAUGGGCUCCAGGCUUCCACGGACCGCCUGCCUACUGCGACUUAUCGCACUGUGCAUCCUCCUCUCGCACACCGCAGCUUAUUUUGGGCUGACAGGUCGAGAACCUUUGGUGUUUCUUCCCGGGCCCAUUUCCAACGACGCUCCUAAUGGAAAGGCUCACCUGAAGCAGUGCGAACAGAUGACCCUGACCCGGCGGCAGAAGAGGCUGUGCCGCAGGGAGCCGGGUUUGGCCGAGACGCUGCGUGAGUCCGUGCGCCUCAGCCUCCUGGAGUGCCGCUACCAGUUCAGGAAUGAGCGCUGGAACUGCAGCCUGGACGGACGAGGGAGCUUACUGAAAAGAGCCUUCAAAGAGACCGCAUUUCUCCUGGCUGUAUCUUCGGCCGCUCUGACGCACGCCCUCGCCAAGGCGUGCAGCUCGGGGCGCAUGGAGAGGUGCACGUGCGAUGACUCCCCGGGCAUCCAACAUCGCGAGGCCUGGCAGUGGGGCAUAUGUGGAGACAACCUCAAAUACAGCACCAAGUUUAUCAAGAAGUUCCUGGGCCAGAAAAGAGUCAGCAAGGACUUAAGGGCACAGGUUGACGCCCAUAACAUUAACGUUGGAAUUCGGGCGGUGAAGAGUGGUCUGAAAACAACCUGCAAAUGCCAUGGGGUAUCUGGUUCCUGUGCUGUCCGGACGUGUUGGAAGCAGCUUUCCCCUUUUCACGAUACGGGACGGCUGCUAAAAUACAAAUAUGACAAUUCAGUGAAAGUCCUGAGUGUAACCAAUGCCGCAACUGGAGAAACAGAACUAGCUGGGCCACGGAAACACAGACAAAACCUACGCACUACUGAUCUGGUGUAUCUGGAGGACUCCCCUAGCUUCUGCAGAGCAUCGCGAUACUCAGCAGGGACAGGGGGGCGGACUUGUUCUAAAGACACCACCUGCCAGAGUUUAUGCUGUGGGCGAGGGUACAAUACGGCCAUGAGACUCACCAGUUUGUCAUGCCACUGUCAGGUGCGGUGGUGCUGCCAUGUGGAGUGCCAAACAUGUGUCCGAGAAGAGGAAGUAUACACCUGCAAAAAUGCGUAG